AUGCUUGCCAGAGCGGUGGCUGCCUGCCUCGGCGCUUUGGUCGCUGCAGGGAGUUUCGUCACCACGCCCCCUUCCCAUUUCCACCUGGCCGGAGAUUAUAUUCUGGGGGGGCUCUUCUCCCUUCAUGCUGAAGCAGGCAGCCCUGAUCUCCACUCCCAGGUGCCCGUCUGUAAAGACUACCAGCUAAAGGUUGUGAGCUACAGCUACCUCCAAGCUAUGCGCUUUGCGGUGGAGGAGAUCAACAACUCCAGCAGCCUCUUGCCUGGGAUUUCGCUGGGCUACGAGAUGGUGGACGCCUGCUACCUCACCAACACCAUCCACCCCCUCCUCUAUUUCCUCUCGGACGACCGUUCCCAGGUAGAGCUGCAGACAAAUUACACUUAUUACCACCCCCGAGUCCUUGCGGUUAUCGGUCCGGACUCCUCAGCGGCGGCUGUUACUGUUGCGUACAUCCUGAGUCUUUUCCUCGUCCCACAGAUCACCUACAGUGCAACCACCGAGGCCCUGAGCAACCCCAGACUCUUCCCGGUUGCUUUCCGCACUAUCCCAAGCACUGACCAACAGAUCACGGUCAUUCUCAAGUUCCUGCAGAAAUUCAAGUGGAACUGGGUCAUUGUCCUCUCCAGCGACGACGACUACGGUCAGCAGAACUUGCAGAUGCUGCGGGCCCAGGCCACGUGGCCCUGCAUCGCUUUCCAGGAGAUCAUCCCAGUGCAGCGGGCAAACCAGGCAAACGGCCCCACCCAGCAGCGGAUCAAGAGCGUUGUCGGCAAGAUCCUCCAAAGCACCGCCAAAGUGGUUAUCAUCCUGAGCUUGGAGCUGCCUCUCGCGCCUUUCUUCCAAGAGGUCCUCCAGCAGAAUAUCACCGACAUGGUGUGGAUUGCAGCCGAAGCCUGGGCCACCGACCCCUCCUUGCACAGCAUCGCCAACCUCUCAAGUAUAGGCACCAUUUUUGGGGUGGCUGUGAAGGAGGUCCCUGUGCCGGGGUUUGCUGACUUCCGCAUCAGGUCGCCCUCCGGCCCAACGGAUCGAGCCAGAGCGCCAGCUGGGGCUGGAACGUGCAACCAAGACUGUGACCGGUGCUUACCACAAGCUCGGUUCUAUGACAAGAGCCUCCGGGGGACAGGGGACCGCAUUGACUUCAAUGUGUUCUCGGCAGUCUACGUUGUCGCUCGGGCCUUGCACCGGCUGCUGCGUUGUGACCGCCCGGAGGGAUGUGACAAGCAAAGAGUUUACCCUUGGCAGCUACUGGAGGAGGUGGGCCGAGUGAACUUUUCUUUGCUGAAUACCACCAUCAAUUUCGAUGAGAAAGGAGACCCUCCCAACGGCUUUGAGGUCAUCCAGUGGCAAUGGGAUGUGCCAGACAGGCCUUUUAAGAAGAUUGCCCACUAUGAAUCCUUGCAAAAAGAGCUGAACAUCUUUUUCAAAGAUAUCACCUGGCACACAACCAACAACACAGCCCCCAAGUCAAUCUGUUCUGAGCAGUGUGAACCAGGCCAUAAGAAAAAACUCAUUGGCAGCAUUUCUUGCUGUUUUGAGUGUGUGCCAUGCGAAGCUGGGACUUUUUUCAAUAAAAUCGAUAAUUUCACCUGUCAGAAAUGCCCGUCAGACAUGUGGUCCGAGCCAGGAAAAGAAUAUUGUUUCAAGAGGCUGGUGGUGUACCUGAAGUGGGAGGAGGCCCCCUCGAUUCUGCUGCUGCUCUGCUCGGCAUUGGGCCUCUUGUCUACUCUAGGGAUCCUGGCCAUGUUUCUCUGCUAUUCUGACACACCAGUGGUGAAGUCUGCUGGGGGCAGGCUUUGCUUCCUCAUGAUAGCCUCCCUCUUUGUCGGCUUCUGCAACAUCCCUUUCUACAUCGGCGUGCCCACGGAAGUCAAAUGCAUCUUCCGCCAGAUGCUCUUCACCCUCUGCUUUACGGUCUGCGUCUCUUGCAUCACCGUCCGCUCCUUCCAAAUCAUCUGUGCCUUCAAGAUGGCCGCCCGGCUGCCUGCAGCCUAUGACUUCUGGAUGAAGUACCACGGGCAGCGGGUCUUCAUCGGCGUCAUCUCUGCGGCCAAGUUCAUCAUGCUGGGAGUCACCAUCUACACCCACCACCUGGCACCAGUGGAGCCCACCGUGAGCAGCAACCCGGCCGUGCUGAACCUCAUGUGCAAUGCCAACUAUAAGUCCAGCAUGAUCCCCAGCAAUGUUUUUGACAUGGGACUGUCCUUCCUGUGCUUCUGUUUCGCCUACAUCGGGAAAGCGCUGCCCAAGAAUUACAACGAGGCCAAGUACAUCACCUUGUCCAUGACCUGCUACUUCAGCUCGUGGGUGGCCCUCUUCCUCGUGAUGUCCGUCUUUGAAGGGAUGGUGGUGAUUAUCUUCGACGCGGCCAUGGUGCUCUUCAACCUCUUCAGCAUCACCGCAGGCUACUUUGGUCCCAAGUGCUAUGUCAUCCUCUUUCACCCAGAACGGAACACUGCUGCUUUCUUCCAGACAGCCAUCCAGAGCUACACUAUGAGGAGCGAUUAG